AUGGUUUAUACACAAGCUUUGGUUUUCGGGCACAGAAUGCCGGCCUCAUCGGAAGAGGAUAACUUAGUGGAAAUGCUGAGAAAGUUUGUCCAUCACAUAAAAUAUGGCAAACAUUUUGAAAAUGGUGGAAGACUCAGAAAAACUAUGAGCUCCUCAAGUCUCGGGUCAGAGUGUUGUAUGGAGGACGAGUUUGAAGAGGCAAGUCUUCUGUCCAGUUUGACCAAGCGAAUUGAGAAAUGCCUGGCGGAAGCUAAGAAGACGACUCUGCGAUGCCAUCAGCUGCUUCUCCCGCGGCACAUGAUUGCGCGAGUUGCCGGUGAUAUUCUACGAGCCGCAGUUGAUGAACCUUGUGGGAUACGAGGCGCUCUAAUCAAUGUGUUCUUGGACACUGAUGGCAAGCUGCAGAAAUUAGGCAUUGUAACACCAGAUCAAAGUGUCACACCAACCUUUGAGCUUUCUGUAAUCCUUAAAACACAACUGGAGUCCUGGCCUUCACUUCAACAUUUAUUCGGCAGCGAUAAAGAGUUAAGGUUGCGAUCUGAAUACCGACUCAUCAAGAGAAAGCUGUAUUCUUCCGCCAGCCCAACAAUACACGAGUUCUACUGAAGG